CGGAGCUGUCUGCGGUUCCCGUUGCUUGACCAGGUUUUUGGUGGUGGAGACUGAGAUCACAGCCACCACGGCUACCCCGGCUGAAAACGAGUCGGUGACGGCGUCGGAUGAAGCCGAUACCAUGAAGGCUGGUGUCCUGCCCGGGGACGUGACUCCGCCCACUGUAGUAGGGGGCGGGGCACCCCCGCAGCAGGCACUAGUGUUCUCACCGGCUGACGUGCCACUGCCCAAGUUCGGGGUGCCGCGAUCCAUUCUGACUUGUCGGCCUAACUCGCACCCAUUUCCGGAGCGAGUGCUCAACCUCGACCAGCCUGCCAAGGUCGGCCGUUCAGUGGCUCGGUGCCGGCAGGCACCCAACAAUGCCAUUUUCGACUGCAAGGUGCUCUCGCGAAACCAUAGCCUUCUUUGGUAUGAAAAUGGAAAAUUUUAUCUCCAAGACACCAAAAGCAGCAAUGGUACUUUCGUCAGCAACCAGCGCCCAAGCAAAGGUGCUGAGAGGUCGCCGGCCCAGGAAGUCUGCUCCGGCGACAUUGUACAGUUCGGUGUUGACGUGGUGGAAAACUCUAGGAGAGACAUGUUCCAGAGACGACUGGGUGGGCCCCAUUCAGGACGAGCGGGCUAUCGCGGCGUACCACUACCGAAACAACCAGUGGCAGUCCUUCCUUACGCCCGACAGCAUCACCAAGAUGAUGCGACUUGCCCUCAAGGUAAACCCGAGCGUGUGCGUAGCGGCCUACUGCGUGGACUACGAGGAUUAUCAGGACAUGUGCAAGAAGAACGAGACGUUCCCGCGACUUACGGCUGUGCGACACAUACUCGAUCAAGUCAGGACGCGCUGACCGCCAUCCGUUACCCAACCAGACCACAUCAUUCAUCACUGGCAAUCCUUGAAAUUAUAUUACAUUAAAUCGAUCUCGUGUUUUGCCAAAUGGCUCCAAAUCAGGUCCAACCUUUCCUUUCUUUCUUUCUUUCUUUCUUUCUUUCUUUCUUUCUUUCUUUCUUUUUUUCUUUCUUUCUCUUUCUUUUUUUCUUCUUUUAAUGCACAGCAAGGUUAUCGCCUUGCUUACCAGGUCAGGGCUGAAGAAGCCGACAGUGGCCACGCAGGACAAGCAAUGCAUCUCGAACUCAGGUUGUUAUAGUGAAAAUGCAUUUUUUUUCUUUAUGAAUGGGCGGGGGGGGAUUGAAAGGACGGAAAUAUAAUGAAAGUAAAGAGAGAGAAAACUGAGCACCGCCGCUAGGCGUCGAACCAACGGUCAUACUAACGUGUCGAUGGUCACUGAUGAGCAUCACGCCCAUAAACUUAGUGUACGGAAGCAUUUCUCAAGAAAGGCAAAUGUAUAUUCCCGCUUCAUCUUCCUUUCCAACGAAAACGUACGACCCUCAAGAGAUCUUUAAUGACAGAAAGGUGGAGAGGUCGGCCUGAGUGAAGUGCCUG